AGAGAGGGAGGGAUGUCGUUGGAGAGAGACUGGGUGGAGGGGUGGAGGUGUGUGUGGUUGGGGGGUUAGAUGAGAUAGAGGGUUUAAGAUUCGGUCCAUCCAUCCUUCAGUCCUCCCAGACUUGAAGAGGGCCGGCAGACAAACUGAUCAUUGUCAUUCAUCUAACGGAGCUUUUUCUUUUUUUUCUUUUUUUUUAUUCCCCCACACUUCUGCUCCAAUCAAGAUGCAGUGCAGCUGUAGCUCUUCAGUAGGACACCUUUCAUCGCCUUACUGGAGUAGAACAGUGCUGUUCCCCGACUGGGCCUACAAACCGGCCUGGUCGCCCGGUUCCAGGCAGGUCCAGCUGUGGCACUUCCUGCUGGAGCUGCUGGGGCGCGGCGAGGGCGGCGCCAUCGGCUGGGGAGGGGAGUGGGGCGAGUUUGUCAUCCGGGACCCGGAGAGGCUCGCGAGGCUGUGGGGGGAAAGGAAGGGCAAACCACACAUGAACUACGACAAGCUCAGCCGGGCGCUCAGAUACUACUACAACAAACGCAUCCUGCACAAGACCAAAGGCAAAAGGUUCACCUACAAGUUCAACUUCAGCAAACUCAUCCUGGUCAACUAUCCGGGACACCCAGCAGCACCCGGGCAUCAGCUUGUACAGAGCGGCCCUCUUCCCUUUCCUCUCCUCCCCGCCGAGAGCGGCCUUCCUCUGUGUGGAGGAGCGGGGUCGGUGAUGGACAGAGCGGUCCAGCCGGUCCCUUCUUACCCCCUCUUACUCCCGUGCUGCCUCCCUAAGCCCGUCCCGACUCCCCGCGCUCUCCACGGCCACUUUCCCUUCAUCUCCACCCCCGGACGCCCGGGAGCCAACCUGAGGGAGCUGAGGGAGUCGGCCCUCCACGUCAGCGCUAACGGCUGGCCGCACAAGAGCCCCGUCGGGUGGGAUUUGAACCACAUCAGCCGAAGCCUGUUUGGUGGAGUGAAGCAGACUGAAAGUCAAGGAGAGGAGAGGAGAGCGGGGAGUGAUGCACAGAUGGGGGAGAGGGAGUGAGGACGGGGAACAAACUAUAACAGAUGGACUGCUUUCCCUCCUCAAAUCUCUCAAAUAGGCUCGUUGUACAGUAGUUUAUCAUUCCCAGCCUGUGAUACACAGACUUUGUAUUUAUUCAUUUGGACCAUGAUGUGUGUGUUUUAUUUUUUUUUGAUAGAAAUAUUGAAGAAGCUGCUUUUCUUUUGUCAGCUCUUCAUGCCACACUAGGGGAACUGCACUUGUAAACAAUUAACAACAUGGCACUUGUGUUUGAGUAAAUAAAGCAGUGCACUCAACUUACAUUAUUCAGCUGUUUGUCUUGCAUUCCUCGCCCUCCUCCUCCGGGGCUUCAUGAAAAUAAUAAGAGUCGCAUCAAUGAUGCACACAAACAGGCACUGUGAAAUUUUCAUGAAAGCAGCUUUCAUGUCUUCUUCUUCUUCUUCUGCAGCAUCAGGACCAGCUCUUACCACCCCGACACAGCAGGGGGCAGCUGCAGCUUUGGUAGCCGCUAAACUUUUCACUGCUUUUCCCGGGAGAGAGUCAGAGCUGGGUAAAAACACUAAAGAGGUGUCACUCCGGGUUAUUUUCCGGGUACCCUGAAUCCAGUUCAGUGGGGAAGCUGCAAGCAAGGGUUAACUUUUAUAUGUUUGUUGUUAUUGUUUCAAAUAAAUAUAUUUGUAUCAUAAAAUUCAGUUAAAAUUCAAACGGUCAA